AUGGCCCCGCAUCAGCACGAACGCCUUUUGGCUCGUGCGGCUCAGGCCAAGGAAGCUGAGUCCCGGCUGGACUCGGAGAUUGCAGAGUCCCAUGGGCGAGCCAAGGAAGCCAAGACUUUUGACGCAGUGUUCGUGAUCGACUGCACUGCAUCUAUGGUGAAGCAGAUUGCUCAUGCCAAGGAGACAGUGGCAUCCAUCCAGAGGGAUAUCUGCCGCUUGUUGGGUGCAGGUGGAAGUGUACGUCUUGCCGUGGUGGGAUUCAGAGAUCACAACGACCAGGACCAACUCGAAGUUCUGCCCUUCACAAAAGAUGUGCAAGAGGUAGAGAACUUCCUGACCCGGUUGUCCGCAAAGGGCGGGGGUGGUGAUGCGUGCGAAGAUGUCAUCGGUGGAAUUAACUUUGACAAUCAUCCAGACGACCCGAGGCAGUGGCAGCCAACCGAUGAGCUCCUGGCCAAGACUGUUGAGCUUCGCAUCAACUUGGUGUGCCUCGAGUAUUAUUCACUUUGCUCGAAGAUGUUAGGGAUUUUCAAGAAGCUGCGUGAGCAACUAGCGACGACGGACCACACUUUGCAGACCAUCGUCUACAAGUCCGACGACACUGCUGAGAACUUCGUGCGCUGCGUCCUCCGUAGCACUUCGAAAUCUUUGCGGUCUUCGCUCGGAAACUCGUCGUCCCGAGUCGCACAUGAACCUGAGGCGCAUCUGCAGCUCGACGAGAACAUGGACAUUUCUUGGAGGGACUUCAAGCACUGGAAAUGCCACCAGGUACUCGUGACCGCAUUGACGGUUUCCGGUCUUCAUGUUGCGCCGAAGCAGAACAGCACGGUUCAGAGGUUCUAUGUCCGUGCGGAGCCGUUUGCUUCCGGCAACAUGCGAUGGGCUUUCCCUGCGGCCAAUGAGGAGGGACUGCGCUUCGUUCUCAAGGUGCAAAAGGCGGAUCGCAAGAAGGCGAAGGAGCUUUGCUUCCAGGAUGUGCAGACACAGGCUUACGCGAAAAUCUUUGCCGUCGAGUUCUCGCGCCUAGUCCCGGAGGCUCCUUUGCAGUUCGUUGACUCAUGGAUGGUGCAGCUGCCCAAGUGGGAGGUUGCCGAGCAUGCAACCGUUGAGCUCUUCAUUGAAGGGAAGUACGAAAAAUACACGAGCAACAACGGCUUCAGCUCGCCCGGAGCACUUCUUGCGGAGACAUUCUCACACUUUACGUGGCAAUAUUCCGGUGGCAACAUGCAGGUGACGGACUUGCAAGGGGUAAAUUGCUCCGUCCUGACCGAUCCACAAAUCCAUUGCGCAAAGGAGGACCUGUUCAGCCGUGGCAAUUUGGGAAGCGUGGAAUGGACGAUUUUUUCCUAA